UACAUGGACCCGCAGGCUGCGACAGACGUAUUUGUAGCCAGACAAAUUACACAAAAGGAAUGCGAAUAUUGUAGCCUAUGCCCCAUCACAAAGUUACUGUGCGGAAUUUAAAAGUAGGCCUAGGCUAUAUAUAAACUAGCUCACUUCCUUUGGGUAAUUUGCAGAGCUGGCGGAAGUAGCCUACGUCAGUUAUCUCGGCUCUCUGAGGCUUUUAUUGCACACUAAUUUCAGAUGUAGGGAAAAGAGGGGAGAGUAGAUUUGAAUCACCCCCUGUCGCUUUAAGGACACUUAUCAAAGCUUUGCAUUUAUGCGAAAGGGAAAAAUACGAUGAGCCACGAGCAACUGAGCAACCAAGGACGGAAUUCAGGAGUGGAUUGAUGUAUAACUUACACGGGCCUGGAAUAGCCGAUGCCUUUGCCUUAUGGGGUUUGAUCAUAUACAGUGGAUUGUCGUAUGCUGAAGUCGCUAAACGGAGGAUCAUUUUGGAAAAUAUUGCGCAUAAGUAGCGAGAGAUUUGGAGAUUCCUGCCCUCGUGGAUUUUAUCGCGCAAAGAUUUAGCCCUACGGUGGAACUUGUCAGAUGAAUAUGGUUAACCGUUGAAACUCGCUAAUAGCCUACAGAGAGGAUUAUCAACUUAUGUAGCCUAUUAUCUUAUCCAUUAUUGAUAAGCACCUAAUACGCAUUUUGACGGAUAUUAUCUAGACUCUUUUGACAGCGGAUCAUGGAUUGGGUGGUGGAAAACAACGGGCAGCGACAUGAUUUCUCUGCGCUGUCUGCGGUAUUCAGCUAUUAACAUUGUGUUAUUCCAAUGCAACAAAGUUGCAAAGGAAGUGGAGUGCAUAAAUUGUAACUAUUUCGCUGUUUUGCACCUGCUUAUGUGAAGAACGCGUCGACGUUACWGUAUCUAAUCGCUUAAAAUACGUGAGGAUUUGCAUCGCUUCUUCCUCGCCRGCAUGGAAUAUUUGAACAUUUGUUUAUUGUAUUCGGGAGGUUUAUAUUCAAGGUCAUUCCGUGAAUCUGAUUACUUAUAGAUGUAUUAUUUAUACAUCCGUAUCUACUAGUGAUAACACUAUAGAUUAUUAUUUCGGUUGGCCGCACAGGGAAUCCGCUUUACGUUAGGUGAUUUAUAGUGUUUUUGUCAUUGCAACAUUUCUAAAAUGGAUGGAAAAUUGAAGCAGAGCCGGAGAUCCCGUUCCAAACGUGAGAGGGUACGGAGACGGGAGGCAGUGGGCAAGGAUGCCCGCAGUCCGAAACCUUCGUCUUGUUCAGAUAGGGAGCAAAGUCCUGGGAGGGAUCUCGCCUCCCAGAAUGGUAAAAAGUCUCCACACUCAACACCCUCUGCCAGAACCUCGCGCCCCCCUCGUCGAAAGAGACGAGAAUCCAGUUCUCAAGAAGAGGAUAUCAUUGAUGAAUUUGCCAUUGCCAGUUUCGUCAGCCUGGACUGUCUGGAGAAGAAGACUGGGGCCCUGAAGUCUCAGGAGCGGAAGGAGAAAGAGAAGGAGAAGGAGAGGUGGAGAGAGGAGAAGCAGCAGGAGACGGUGGCAAAGAGACAGAAGGAGGAGGAGGAGGAGAACGUCAUGCCCACGUCUCUGGACCCCCUGGAGAACGGCUUCAUCAACCACGCCCAGAGAGAGCAGGAGAGGAUGAACGACAGACUGCUGAAGAAAACCUACUCCAAGAAGAACAAACAGAUCAAGGCCCUGCAGGUACGCCCAGUGAAGCUGGAUGAGGAUGGGGCCAUGCAGGAGUUCAACAGACCCAACAGGAGCAUCUCUAAAGAGCACCUCAGUGAGAGCUCCACUCACUCGCUGUCAGGCCGGGGCUACUCGUUCACUUCUUUAAAAAGAGACGAGCACCCGUUUGGGAGACAUGAGUGUGACAGCGAGAGUGACGUUGAUGACAAGGUAUCUGAUGUAGGAUCCGACAAACUAUUUUCCCCCACUACACCCAAAGGUGUGUCAACGAAUGAGAAUCCCGAGUCCAAGACUGUCAGCUCGGCCAAAGUCUCCGGGCUCCAGCGUAGCCAGGAGCAGAGUAACGAGGUGUCCUUCGCCCCGCCCGUGUCCAGCCCCACCCCGGCCUCCCCGCCUUCGGGCUCCCCUGCCCCCGCUGCCACCGCGGCAGCCCCCCCUCAGCCCCUCCCCAAGGCGCAGCUCACCUCCCCGCCCCCCCUCCUCAUCAAGAGAGAGUCGGAUCGGGUGCCGCCCAUCCCCAGAUUCCCCACCCCUCCCCUGCUGAGGGCCCAGCCCCACCCUCUCCAGGAGCACCGUGUCCCCGUCUCGCUCCCUCCCCCCCAGCACCAACACCACGCCAGGCCUCUCAUCAGCCACCAACUGCACCAGCAUCACCCACUGCAUUACAACAGCCUGCACGACAUCAGCGGCGGCAGUGCAGGCCUCCCCAAACACCACCACCUGCCCCCCUCUCCCCACCACCUGAGCGGCCUCCCCUCCUCCACCCCGGCCCUGCCCCUGUCCAUAGCCAACCUUUCUACCUCGCACUAUUCCUCCCUGCGAAGCCCGGCCCAUCGCCAUCCGGCCAUGUUCGCAACCCCCGCCACACUUCCGCCACCUCCGACCUUACCCACCAACAGCCUUGUGGUCCCUGGGCACCCCGCUGGCACCCCCUACCCAGAGCUUGACCUCCUGCGGCAGGAGCUGAACAACCGCUUCCUGGUUCAGAGUUCAGAGGGGUGGAGCCGGGGGCCGUCCUCCGCGGGGUCCCCGCUGGCCCCUGUGUCACUCCUGAGGGGAGAGUUUCACCAACACCAGCACAUGCAUCAGCACCAACACACCCACCAGCACACCUUCACGCCCUUCCCGCCCAGUCUGCCCCCGGCCACCAUCAUUCCUCCGCCCACCGCACCCCCCAUGGUGCGUACCCCAGCCAGAAAUUUCGACAAAUACGCUCCAAAACUGGACAGUCCAUUCAUUAGACAUUCAAAUUUCUUCCCCUCCUACCCCCCCACAAUGCCAGGCAUGCCCCCGCUGCUCCCCACUCAGACCUUCAGCUCACUGCAAGGAGCCUUCCAGCCCAAGUCCUCCAACCCCAUAGACGUAGCCUCCCGUCCGGGGGCAGUACCUCACACACUCCUACAGAAGGACCCACGGGUAUCAGAUCCUUUCAGGACAGGGGUGUUUCCUGGGUUUCCCUACACCCACGACUUGGCACGACCCAUGUUCUCCUCCACAGGUUCUGGCCAUCCGGCCGCCUCCCCGUACGGCCCCUCCCCCCACCACAGUGGCUUCCUGCCUCCCAGCCACUUGGCAGGUAAGUAUCCUUUCAGUCGCUCCAGUACCUUUGGCGGCCUCGGCAACCUUUCAACCAGUGCCUUCGGAGGAUUAGGCAACCCCUCGCUUGGCUCCAACAGUGUCUUUGGCCAUAAAGAGGGCCCAGGGGGCCUGCCAGGCUUCAGCAGCCCUCACCAUGACACCUGGAACAGGCUCCACCGGACCCCACCCUCCUUCCCCACCCCUCCGCAGUGGCCCAAGUCUGCAGACACGGAGCGCAGCAACUCAGCAAACAGCCACGAGCGUGAACGAGAACGAGAGAGGGAACGGGAACGGGAGAGGGAGAGAGAACAGGAAAAAAGGGAUUCAUCCAUCAGCAAAGAGGAUAAGGAUAAAGACAGAGAUUCGAUUGACCGUAACCGCCACUCCAACCGUUCGUCCCCUGCAUCGGCCCCAACCAGCUACCAGAUCAGUAGCCUGAUCCGCUCUAACAGCCAGAACUCCAGCGACUCGGGUCGCCACCACAGCGGCAGCGUGGACCGGGUACGGGAGGCAGAGAAGGAGCUCCCGGAGCGCCACCGAGAGGUGGCCAUAGUGGGGGAGGUCAAGGUGAAGGAGAGCCGCUCCCCUGGAGGAGGGAAGGAGGUGACCGACAGAGACAGACGCUCGUCAGAGGACUCCAUCAAACCAGCKCACCGCACGCCCUCUCCCUACCCCAAGGCUGUCCUAUCUGAGACAGGKAUGAAYAUGGCUGGUGGRCCCCCACCCACMCUACUCAAGGARGGGGACAGGGACAGGAAGGAGGMUCSRCCMUCRUCUGGGGGGGACCUGCUGCUGCACAAGGUGAAGAACGACAUGAAGAUCAAGGAGGAGCGCAAYGAGGACCAGGAMGUGYUGGUGGUGAGCUCCGAGCCUGSCCCUCAGCCUGCUCCUCCUCCUCAYCCUCUACCUCCUCCACCUCCCCAGCCRGGUCACCACCACCACCACCACCACCACCCUCCUCUGUCCCAGCAGCCUCCUCCCCCCUCCCCACGCUGCAGUGACUUGCCCACCCACGGCUCCCUGCACGGGGUGCACAUGGCCCACUCCCUGCCCCUCUCCAUGAGCGCCAUGCACCAGAUGGGCAGUCUCAACGUGCUGGACCGGGCRCYCAUGGCUCCKUUUAUGGGGGUSAGCCCCCUGGCUGCUGCUGCAGGGAGGGACCGGAUGCCCCACCAAGCCUUCCCUUGGGACCCACUGAGGGAGGCCUACCGCAACKUGGACCUGCAGCGCAGGAUGGACUURCAMCUGAGGGCMGAGCAGGCCCAGCGCUUCCCCAGCAUYUACGAGCAGGAGCGGGCRUACCGGGAGAGAGAGGCKCACGACUACUCCCACCARGAGCACAUGCUGGAGGUACGGCGGGAGCACGAGAGGAUGAGGCAACAGGCAGAGGAAAGAGAGCGCCAGCACCUGAGGGAGGAGCUGGACCGAGCGCGGCUUCACCAGCUGCACCAGUCCCCCAUGGAGGGACACCUGCCACACAUGCCCCCCUUCAUGCCCCACCUGGGCGGCAUGCCCUACCCCAGACUCAGCCCCUCCACCGGACACAACGGCCUGCUAAACCGGACGCCCCCCACCGCUGCCCUUAGCGCCCCCCCUCCCCUAGUGUCUGCGGGCAGCACCAGAGCAGCCUCCCCCAGAAGGACUACCCCCCUCACCACCCAGGACCCCCGAGAUUACUCCCCCUCCCGCAACCCCAAAGAAGUGGAGGCACGGUAGCUUAACAUAACAGACAAAGGACGUGAAUGCUUAAAAAGGCGCACUCCCCAAUUUGGAACCUUCUAGAGAGAACAAGAUGCACUGCUUUUCAAUGGAGAAAGGCAUAAGUAAAAGAGAAAACAGUAUGAUUGUACAAAGUAAAGAUUUGUAAGGGUGAAGAAGCACAUGCCAUGCUUUUAUUUUAUAUGGACAGGCUGAUGAGAAUGUUGGUUAGAAGAACACGAAUCAAAAAGUAUGUGUAUGUUAGUUUCCGACUUAAAAUUUGAUAUUAAUAUAUUAAUCCAAAACCUUUUGUUGAUUUUUCCGUGAAAAGUGAGAUUCUGAUUGAAAAGAGAGAUUCUGAUUGAAAUUAGUUUGUACAUUUCCUAUCCUUGUUCCAUGUAUAGACAUCAUUUUUAUGAAUUUGUAUUUUGUGCAUUAGUCAAUUUUUUUCAAUAUUUAUCCCAGUCCAUGAUGAUGCUCCACAGUGGAUGAUGCUCCACAGUGGAUGACGCUCCACAGUUUUUACCCAGUAAUUUAACCUCAUGGUACCUGAAAAUACUCAUAAAUGAUCAUGUACAAAGUUACAUUAAAGAUUUGUUGCAUUUUAUUUGUUUUGCCUUUGAGAUAUGCAGACAAAUAUAUAUUACGAGGUCUUUGUUCGGUCUCUGUAAAGAAGAAUUAGUGUAUAAAAAAAAAAAUGACAAUGUAAAUUUAUUAGGCUUUUUAAAUGUUUCUAGAAAAACAAAUGAAAUCAAAACAGAACCACUUCCCGGUUGUAAACCAUGGUAACAGACGAGCCUGUCCAAUGGGAGGGAAGGAGGGCGGGCAUCAGAAGGGGGCCUGGAAUGAUCUUCUGCAAUCUAUGCAAAGAGGCACUGAGCACCCCGAUGGAGAGCCACCUGGAAUGGAAUGGACUGUUGGAUAAUGUUGAUUCUGUGAGAGGAACUUGGAUUAACUCAACAUGUUUUUCUUUCCAAUCAGGGGACAUGGAAUUAAACCUACAGACUUCCUGGUUACAGAUAAACUGUACCAGAAGCUUACAAUACAGCCCCAGUGACAGCAAAGGAAGACACGUUUGAUUGGGCGGCAAUAGGACUUUCUCUGUCGACCGUUGUGGUGUUGUGCAGUUGUUUUUCUUAGACUUGUAUACAAAACAAGUAGAGUUUUAGGCGUGCAAAAAAAUGAAAACGAACAUUCAUGUACGGAAUAAAGUUUGGACCUAAUACCUGCA